GUUAUCUGAUUACCGAGGAAAAGACAUUUUAUCAAGCGCAUAAGGAUUACAUGUGUUUGUGUGAAGUAACUGCUUGAAGUUGUUUUCUGUCGCAGAGUUUGUUUUUUGAGGAAAACAAACACAAAGCAAAAUUACAUUUGUUUUGACAUGCAAAAAAUACAUUGUGUCAUAUCCUACGACUAACAACAAAUAAAAAUAUGUAUUUAAAUUAAGAAAAUAAAUAAAAUAUUUGAAUUAAAUUACCUUUAAGGUAAUUUAAUUUACCAAGUGAUUUCAACUAUAAAAAUUAAAUUAGUUUUUUUGUUAAGAAAAAUAGACGUACGUGAUAAAAUCAAGUGGAUACCAUGAAGUGCUAGUUGAACUUCAAUCGUAGCUAUCUUACACUUCCACAUGAGUUCCAAUCGUAGAUCUUAAUGAAGUCCAAAUUGAACUCUAUUAUCCAUCUAUUAUAGGAGCAGCAAUUAAAAAACAUUUUAGUGUAACAAUAAAAAGGGGGUGGUGUAUUUUGAAAAAAAGACCCAACGACAACAACAGCCCAAAAGGAAGAACAAGAACAUUACGUGAGUGCGCAGCCAAAAAAAAAUAAAUAUAAAAAUUAAAUAAAAAAAGUAAAGUGUUGGAAAAAAAUAAACGGGGGGCAACUAAACGACGGACUGCUGCUUUCUACAAUUUGCCACAAGAAGACCGUGUACAAAACACUAUUCGUAGUACAAUCAACUAUUUUCAACACACAGAGCAGAAUUGCAAUACAAAAAGUAUAAAAAUUCAAGGGAAAAAACAAAAACCAAAUAACACACACAAACCUACACACGACACGGCCGACAAUUAUUGAAUUUUUUUGUCUUCUUCGAUUCUAUUUUACUUCCUUAUUCAAAAAAAUUUAAUACUCCCAGGUGUUUUUAAGUGAAAAAUUUCGGUGGCGGCAUUAAAAUUUAUUAAUGAACUAGAAAAUAAGCAAAACUAAACCCUUUUGAACGUGUAAAGAAAAUUUUCUAUUCACCGAAGAAAAACUAGACCGCACCCUUCACUUUACUCCCCCCACUUAUUGCAGCAAUUUAUAUGAGAAUUUUCUUGGGAUAUUUUGGUUUAAACAAGGAUUAUUGAGUUCCUUUUUGGAGCUUUGCUAGCCGGCGUCACGUUACGUAGACGUUAUGACUUCGCCUCUUUAUUAUCUGGACAUUUUUGAAUUGCGACCAUUGAUUACGAAUUUCAAUUGCAAGUUAUCGACCAUUACGGAGUAUGAUUGUCACAAACAGCUGCUGUGCUUAGUGUCUGAGGACAAUGACAUUGUGCUGCGCUACACCAGUGAGGGUGGUCAAGAGGUGUUAAAAUUAAUCUCCUGGUUUCGUCGCACAUCCCGUGUCAUACAUGAUGUUUGUUUUGAUCCAUCGGGAACAUGGCUGUUGGUUUUAUGUUUCGACAACACUCUACACAUAGUGCCCGCCCUAGCGGUCGUGGACAAAAACUUCUUAGAGAAAAAUACCAACAACUCUGGCUAUCCACAAUCGCACUACAGUCUAACACAAGUAACUUCGUACAUAAUACCCUUUGUGGGUCCACAUGAAUGUCCCAAUUCAAAAAAGUGUCCCAAUCAAUUGACCAGAAAAAGACAUUCAGCUCUUAAUACACUUAGAAAUGAGGAGCGUGCUAAAGAAAAGCCAGCGAAUAGUAAUGAGCCAGAGGCUGAAGAUAAAGAUGAAAGUCAUAAUAUUAAAAUACUAGUAGAACAAGUAGAAAAUCUCAAUGUAAACGAAGAGAAAAAUGAAGAAAACCAGCCACAGGAGAACGACGACGAUGUAGUGGUAAUGGUGGAGGCCGCUGCCAUAGAUGAGGGUAAUAUGGAAGUUUUUAGUCACGAUGUACCUGCCGAAAUGUUGGCAACUUCAAGUGCUCCCAAUCAAGUGGACGAUAAGACGGGCAACAGUCAUUUGCCCUUAAUGAGUAUGUCAUUUAUGGCCUCCAACACCUGUCCCUAUCCUCUGUCGGUGGUAUGGUGGCGUACUUUAGAGGGCGUAAAUCGUGCCGUUAUUGGCUAUUCGGAUGGUUCAGUAUGUUUUGUGGGUCUCAGUCCCAAUUGUCCGUUUGUGGCCAGCACAGCGGUGGAAAGUGGUUCAGUGGUUAAAUUGCUCAUUUGUCGAGACAAUACUUUUGACAGUGUCAUGUUAUUAAUAACUUCAUCUUUAAAACAACAAUUCAAAUUGCUGUUGGAACAAAAAGCCAUUAAAUAUAUCUACCCCGGCGAAAUGUCACCCACAACCUCACAGCCCAAAGAAAACGAUUGGCAAAUUGUUAUGCCUUUAAAGAAUACUAGCAACUCUUCGGAUCCUGCUUCAGAAAAAUCUCAACCAGAUGAGGAUGUUUUUAUGAGCGAUGAUAAUAUACUAACAACAACUACAACUAAUAUAGCAGUUGCUGAUGUUACAGGUGAUGGCACCUCCAACUUCUCUUUGGUCUCACAGACACUGCCUUCAGCACAAAUACAGGUAGCAACUUCAUCAGCAGUGGCUCAAAACAGGCCUGUACAACCACCACCAGCACCACUUGGUUACUCCUCUUCAGUAGCAGCCUCUUCAUCGGCAGCAGCUGCAGCAACUACCGAUACUGCUGCGGAAAAUAAUAAUCCACAACAGCAACCUCCUCCACCCCCUUACUCAGUAGCAAUAACACGACAUUUGGACAAUAAGGUAGCUGUAAGUACCACAGCUACAAGUGCAAAACAAACGGUAACCACUACAAAUUCAGCGGUCCGUUUAAAUCAGCAACAGCCUCCACAACAGCAGCAGACGCAACAACAGCAGGAUAACAAUUUAAUUAACGAUUUAGACGAUGCAAAUGGUCGAGCUGGCAUAUUACCAGCCGCCCGUGCUCGUCUGGCAUCUUUAAAAUCCUUGGGAUCGAAAAAGUUAAAUGCCAUCAAAAUGCGUCUGUCGGAUAAUCGUCAAAAAAUUGAAGAAUAUAUGCCGGACAACUCUCUGGGUUCCUCAUUUGCCAUUGUGGACUCACCCUCCUUGACACCGGAAUUGCUGGCCAAUUCUGUUGGUUCCUUUUAUACCAUACAAAACUUACGCAGUACUUAUUUGCUGAGUGCUCUACACAGUCAAUCGAACAGUUUUACGGUCCACAGCAUAGACAUACACUUGAAACCGUUAUUUCUCUAUAAAAUCCCUCCCGAUUGUGUGGAUAUUUUGAUAAGUUCUAAUAUUUUGUACUCCAUACAAUAUGUCGAUUACUACAAUGAUUCGGCGGCGGGGAGUAGUAGUGGUUUGCAGAAAGAUUGUGAAGUGUUGGUAAAUCAGAAUACGGAAAAAGAAAAUCGUGAUAUGGACAUAGAGAAACAAGAAAAAUAUGCCGAAGUUCCCAAAACCUCAAAUGAUCUCAGCAAUAGUGGGAAUGUUGAUGUUGACAGUGACAUAAAAAUUUUGCCUGAUUCUGCUCAAGCCGAGAGUCCUGCAGAUACCAGUGCCGCUUCCACCAACACUACAGAACAAUUUAGUCGUGACUGUUUGUCACCCAGUAAUUCUAUAAAUGCUGUUGGUGUUAUAAGCAGUGCUAUGGCUUCUUUACGUACCGGCAAUGAAGAUAGAUUCAACUCGUCCUCUCAGCUGGGUUUGUUUCGUUUCGAAAAUGAAACCGUUUUAAGUCUAUAUCAAAUGGCCACUUACCGUCCAGCUUUAACCGCCAACGAAGUCAUAUCAAAAGAUGAAAAAACCAAAGCAUUCGAACACAAGGACAUCAAAUCACCCAUGGACUAUGUGAAGUUCUAUGAAACGGCCGAUGUUCAGGAGGAAUAUUCUUUAAGGCAAAUGGAAAUAAUGCAACAUGAAUUUCCCAAAAUCAAUUAUGAUCCCUGCUAUGUGGUGACCAAUAAAAAUGUCUAUUAUAUACAACUCAAAAAAGAGCCCUUUGCCAUUUUCCUCGACUCAGCGCUGGCCGGAGAGUGGACGCAAUGUCGGGAUUUUUGCAAUACUUUCGAUCUCACCUACGAGGCUUGCAUUGAAUUUGCUGGUGAUUAUCUAUUGCGCCGUAAGAAGGUCACACAAGCUUUGCUCACUUAUAAUACGGCACGCAUUAAACCCAUACGUACGGCACUUAAAUUGGCCAUGUUUGGCCAGACCACAGCUUUAAUGCAUCUUUGUGCCAUGGCUUUAAAGCUAAGUCAUGUUCUUAAUUCGAAAUAUUUUUGUCAUCCCAUCAUAAAGACACUCUUGCCCGACAUCACCUACAGACACUCGGAAGAUGUGCGCACCAUAUUGCCGGCCACACCAGCGGAAUAUGCUCCUGAAGGUAAGGGGCUGAAUGUGAAUGAGGGUCUGCCCUGUGGUGAUUAUACCUAUGGCGUGGAUCAGUCCUUGAGUCAAUUGCAAAUGUCACCAUCUUCGCAGUUUCAUUUGGCUAAUUUGCUGCUUAUAACAUUGGCGGAGAAGGCUGUCAAUGACAAGAACUAUAUACCUCUAUGGAAUUUCCUGGUUACCAAUGGCAAAUAUCAUACCAAUAUGACGAGCAUAGUUUUAUGUCAAAGCGGUUUGUUUUCGGCCGCUCUUUUGCUGGCCAAGGUACGCGGUGUUUGUAUUGAUACCUUUUUGGCUUUAAAUAGUGUAGUAGGCCAGGAAUUUGGUUGGUACACAGAGCUCAAUGUGUGUCUUUACAAUUUAAGUGAAUCUAUGUUUACGGAGACCAUAACAUAUUUGCCCAGCAUAGCUGUGGAUUAUUUUACCUUCAUACAGGAGAAAUUACCACAAAUCCGGCCAAGUGUUUUGAAGCGUUUGGAACAACAACUAAAUCCCUUUUCGGCAACAUUAAGACCCAUUGUCUCGCACACCUCAUCCUCAUCUCAAUCGAAUGACAAUAAUACCUAUUUGUUGGAAUUUUGUAAAAAUCUCAUUGAAACCUAUUUGGCUGUACUCAUACACUUGGAAUCUCAGCGCUCAAAAUGUGAUCGGGUAUUGAAUGCCCUCAAUACGUUUCGUUUAACUUAUGAAGACAAUCAAUUUGCCAUCGAAACCUCGCGUUUUAAACCAAUAUCGGCCGGCUGUGCCCACUGCGCCUGUGUGGUAGAUGGUGUAGCCUACUUUUGGGGCUCUAAUGGUGUGCCUUGCAAUUAUAGUGUUAAUAAAUCUUCGGAUACUCCCGAACCUCCUUAUGCGGUAAAAAGUUUAGAUUUAUUGUCCCAGCUAAAUUUAGAAGUACAUGCAGUUAAAUGUGGACGUCAGCAUACCUUAGUGCUUACAAAUAAUGGACUGUAUACUUUGGGCAAUAAUAAUUUAUGUCAAUUGGGUAUAGGCAAACAAAUGCAAAUGACUUUGCAACCCAUGCUAGUUAAACAGUUUGAUGGUAAAAAUAUAACCAUACUUGAGGCUGGACAAUAUCAUAAUGCAGUGGUAGCUGAUGGUUUACUUUACACUUGGGGCUGGGGUGUUUACGGUCAAUUGGGCCAUGGCAAUACAGAAAAUGUGGCCGAGCCAAAAUUACUUUCAUUUCUGAAAUAUAAGAAAGUGCUGCAAGUUGCUAUGGGCCAUGCCCAUAGCUUGGUGUUGUGUGAAGGCUCCUUACCAAAUACCACCGAAUUGUAUGUAUUCGGUUCAAACCAUUUUGGCCAACUAGGUUUGGGUUCAUCAAAAAGCGAGGGAUCUUUAGAUAACAGUAGCAAUAUUAGCAGUGGCAGUAGUAAUAGACCACCAGAUGAUGAAAUGAAUUGUGCUGGCCAAGUAAAAUACCUAUUACCUCAAAGACUCGAAAUUGGCACAGCGAGAAUAAGACUGAUUCAUACAAAAUUCUUUACAAAUAUAGUCGUAGAUGAGAAUGAACGUAUGUACACUUGGGGCUCAUCACCACAAGCUUUGCGUUUGGCCAAUCAAAUCAAGAGAAGAGCUAAUGCCAAACAAAAAAUUGAAGAACACCAGCGACGUGAAAUGAGUCGACGUUUCGAGGCUACCAUUAUUGCGGCGCCCGCCACUUCCACUAGCACAAUUGAUGGAGAAUCUUCAACUAACGAUUCGCCGGCGAAAACAAAAGAUAUUGUGCCUACAGUAACUAUUACCUCACCAGGUUUGGAUGUAAUAAAAGCCAACGAUGAGGAUGGUGUAACAAGUAAUGCUAAAGACGAAAUUACGUCUGGUGUGGCGGCAAUGGUUCCAGUUGAUGAUACUUUACCUUUAGACGAAAACGUUAUUGCCACCGAAGAUGCUGCCACAGCAAAUAUCAAUAUAGAAAUUUUAGAUGAUGCAGUAGUAGGUGAUGUGCCCGUAUUAAAAACUACCAAUGUAGCAGCAGCAGCCGCAGAAGUAGAUAAAGUAGAAAAUAAAUUUGCAGAAAUGACAGCACCAACAACAUCUAACACAAAUGUACCUGCCGCUCCACCACCGUCUGUACAACAGCCACCUACAGUGGAAAUAGAUCCUUGUGAGCACAUGUCACCACAUUUAGUUGAUACCUCCGAAGUAGCGGGACAAAUAUUACAGGUUUCUAGUGGCCUUUUCCACUUUGCUUUGAUCUCCUCUUCAUGCACUUUGUAUACAUGGGGCAAAAACUUGGAACAUCAAUUGGGUACCGAAGAUAAAGAACGUCGAGCAGUUAGUAAACCUUCGCCUUUGGACAAUAUCGAUCGUCCCAUGUAUGUGGACUGUGGUGCAGAUUUUACUCUAGUCAUGACAACUGAUUUUGUUGUUAAAGCUUUUGGUGGCAAUUCCAAUGGACAGUGCGGUCGUGAUUUGGGAGCCUGUAUUGACAAAAUGAAGCAACGUGUUGUUUGUCUACCCACCACCAAACGUUUAAUGCGUUUCGAGAGCCAGUGUAUAGAGAUACCAGUAGAAAUCAAUUUGCCACGACCCCGCAUACGUUUGGAUACAGAACCGAUACGUUAUCUAAAGACCAUACCACGUUACAAAUAUUACUUCCUACAAGAGGCUGACAUUGAUUUCGAACAAUUUGGUGACCUAAACGAUAGACCCUCGCCGAACGAAUACAAAUCAACCACACAAGCCGACAGUUCGGCAAAUAUAGUGACGGGCCAGGAAUCCGAUGAUAUGCUUUCCUCUCUCGAAAAUCUAAGUCAAAAUGAUGCCUCCUCGUUGCAGUUGUCGCUGACCACACCGCUACUGGCGGACAACAUACUGGAUCAAAAUCAACUGCCGACCACCAACAGUUCGUAUGAGUGUACGCCCGAUGAACAAAGCUAUGCCCGAUUACCGAAUGUAGAUAAUGAUAAUGGCAGUUUAACCGAUGACAAUGGCCAUAAUAACAAUGGUGUAGAUUUGCUGCAGCAAAAUGCAACGGCACCAGCAGUCCCCACUGCUGCAGAAGGCAUUACCACAAAUAAUGGCACCCUAUAUAAUGGGGAGAUAACAGCGGAAGACAGUGAAGAACUGCAAAACCUCUGCAAUUACAUACACUAUUGUCUGUACAUAUUCCAUGGCCUGUAUAGUCCCGAUAAAGUAAGAGAGUUUUCCAAAAAUCGUCUAGAAUAUCGCAUACGUACGUUAAUGUUAAAUUUCAAAUACGUUGAUGCCUUCACUUUGUGCCUGCAGAGCACAAAAAGUUCUCUGUGUGCUUUGAAAAUAUUUGAGUACUUUUCAAAAGACACCGGCUAUGUGCCGCUAAGACGAGCCGAUCUAAGAUUUCUUAUUUACUAUUUGCUCAGUCAUUUCAUCAAUCAUCAAUACGAAUUGGCCGAAUGUGAGCGUUUCUUUUUGUCCGAUUUAGACUAUUAUCUGUUGGAGCUGGCCUAUGUGCUGUAUUUUAACAAUAACAACACCGAUCUGGAACAGAAUCUCAAUGAGAAAUUUAAGACUCUUAUAGCAAGAACCGAAGGUGAAACUAAUUCAAAUUUCUAUCAACAACAGCAGCAACAGUUGCAAGCCGAAGAGGAUCACCAGCAUCAACAGCAUCAUGCUACACAUAAGUUAGAGGACACCGAUGUGAUAUUCGAAAUGUUGAGUGUUAAAUUCAAAACGAUUGUUUGUCAACGUUUGCUUAAGUUUUGUAACUCUUAAAAUUGUUUUUUUUUGUUUGUUUGUUUUUCAAAUAGUAUAAAAAAACAUUUUUUAUCUAAUAUUUUGCGCUUGUUGUAAAUUUGUUUUAUUUUUAUAUUUAUAACUUUUUGCCUAUGAAAUUGUUUUAUUUUUUUUUACUUUUCUUAAUUUUAAAAUGCUUGUAAAUUUGUAUUCGUCAUCUCUAUUGUUUUUUCUCUUUAUUUUUUGCUUAAUUAUUAGUGAUAUUUCAUUUUUAUUACAUACAUACAUGCAUACAUACAUAUACUAUACAUAUACUUAUAUAUAUUUAAUAUUUUUUGUUUUUAGUUUUAUUUCUUAAAUAAUUGAUCAAAAAGAAAAUCAUUGUUUGUAAGUAGUAAAGAGAUGUGGCCGUUAUAGCAACUAUCUCAAGUAAAUUAUUGAACAAAGAUUUAAAAAAUAA